AUUCAGCGCUGGUCCGUCCUGUUAGCAGCGGCUCUUGAGCGGCACCACCCGCCGAACAAAACUGUCCCGGGCCUGGCAGACGUCUUGUCCCCGCCGGGGUUCGGUUGUUCCCCUCUGGGCACUGGAAGGAGCUUAAGUUAAAUAGCGAGGAUUUUAUUGGUGGAGUUAUUGUCCGAUAAAGGAAUGCGAGUCGCGGACGGGAGGAUCCAGCGGAGAAAGAGUUUGUCCAAAGCUUCUGUCAGGAGGUUGUGAUACCAUCAUCCACCUUAUUUUCUGACUUGAUUUCUCACUCCAGCCAUGGCUCACCGGUCUCAAAGUUCAUCAGUGGGUGAUAACCCUCUAGAUCCAAACUUUCUGCCUCCACACUACCGCGAGGAGUACCGUAUUGCUAUUGAUGCUCUCCUAGAAAAUGACAUUCAGGGCUAUCUGGAGUUUCUUCAGACUGCAGAUGUCCCCAGUUUCUUGGCACAACCAGAAAUUCAACACAUCAAGGGCACAAACCAAGGCCAAAGCCACAGCUCCAGUGUGACUGAUUUAGCACUCACAUAUCAUGACAAAGGAUUUGAAGCUGAUGGAUCCUCAGACACCUAUUGGCCUGUGCAGUCAGACUUGGCAGCCCCUGGACUGGAUCUGGGCUGGCCUCUUCCACAACAUAGUUUUAUUGGGCCAACAGAGGUCACCACUCUGGUCAACCCUUCAGACCCCGACAUGCCAAGCAUCAAGGAACAAGCCCGAAGACUUAUUAAAAAUGCACAUCAAGUUAUUGCAGUUGUGAUGGACAUGUUUACAGACAUUGAUAUAUUUAGUGAUCUUUUAGAUGCAGCAGGUCGACAUGUUCCUGUUUACAUUCUCCUUGAUGAGCAGGAUGCCCCACAUUUUGUCUCUAUGGUUAAUAAUUGCAAAGUAAACUUGGAAUUCAUUCCUAUGAUGCGAGUCAGGACUGUUGCAGGGGUAACAUACUACUCUCGUACUGGAAAAACCUUUAAAGGACAGGUGAAAGACCGCUUUCUACUUGUGGACUGCCGAGCUGUACUUUGUGGAAACUACAGUUUCAUGUGGUCCUAUGAGAAGAUCCAUCGCAGUAUUGCCCACCUCUUUCUUGGAGAACUUGUAACUACAUUUGAUGAAGAGUUUCGUAUCCUGUUUGCUCAGUCAGAACCUUUAGUGGUGGACCCAUCAUCAGAUGCACUUAUGUUAUCUGACUGUAGCAGCACUGGCAACUACUUAAGCAACCAAUUUGGAUUAAAAAGGACUCAAUCUUUAAGAAACCCCAUAAGUUUCCGCAGGCCUGAGCUUCCACCUGCAUUUCCCUACGGAGACACUGAUCGUAACCUUGCAAUCCCCUUCCGGAGAAAUGACCCCUUUCGUCACACCAUUGAACCUAAUGCAGGAAUAACAAUAGGGAAAUAUUCCCAGCAACAGUUUCGCCUGCAGCAGUCCUUUCUGGAGCAAGGAAGGUCCAUUGUUUCCAGGCAGUUGGAGAUGGGUUCCAGUGUUUUCAAGAGACACAGUUAUGCAGAGGGAACGCAAGAAAAUUACACAUCCUCCAGACAGUUUAUGAAACAUAGAGUUAUGAACAAUUUGGAUGAGACAGACUUUCACAGGGAGCAGACUGUUUCAAGCCAUUUCUACAGUGAAGGUCCUGGGCCAGGUUCUGGCAAAGGACACUAUGAUAGACUUAGAGGCAGGCCUCUACAGCUAGCCAUCGACCAACACUCAGAGCCAAACUUGCGUUCUGAUUUGGAGCCACAACCGGGCAACUACAGCCAGGACUACUUUUCCUCAGAGGAUCUUGGAGGCCAUGAUGGGCACAAUGCACCUCCUUUGGCUGGGAGAUAUGAAGGAAGUUCAUCCAAUAAGAGACCAACCGUAGGUCAGGCAUAUGCAUGUCAGAGCUCACCAACAAAUUUACACCCAGGUGAGAAGAAACUGUACCUGAAACAAUCAGAUCUGGACAAGGACCAAGACCCAGAUGCUAAGCAAGGCAUGAGGAGUUGGAGAAUUCAUUCAUAUCUGAGCACAUAUGAGGAUGGUGGAGAAGAAGGAAUAAACCAGCCAAUGGGUCCUGAUGCCUUUGAAGAUCCUCCAGCACCUCAACAGCCCAUGACAUUUGAGACCUCUGGUCCUCGCUUUGGAUUUAAGGAACCAUUGAGUGUUUCCACCAAACCAGAAAUUCCAAGACCACGCUUUGGAAAACCUAUUUUACCCGAAAGCACAAAAGACACUGUCAAAACAACUAAGGAUUUAUUUCCUUCUGUGGGUGAAACAAAGCCAUAUGUCUUUGAACGAGAAAUAGAGCGAGGAUCAACAAAAGAAAUGGGGGUGGAUUCUGAGGCAAAAGAGGCUCCAGAGCUUUUGUUGUCAAAGCAUGAGUCUUUUCGUUCACGCAUAAACCCACUCCUUCAACGCAGCUCCCGUCUGCGCUCCUCACUUAUAUUUUCAUCUUCAAAAGCAGAGAUGCAUGCUGGAAGUCUUGGUCUUCAGCCUGCGACAGAGCAGGAUGAAGAAUUGGACGCAGUUCGGACCUCCUCAAUAGUUGCCCAAAUUUUAGAAAAGAGGAGAAAUCGUGAGCCUUUUGAGUGGAGAAAGAAAGCGGAUGAGAAAGAAACAGAUAAAGAGAUGGAAAGUAAGGAGAAACAAUUAAACAGCAAGGAAACAGUGCAUGAAAAUCCAGUACAAAUAACACACGAAAAAACUAAAGAUGAGCCUCAUCAACCUGUAGCAGAGGCAGAGAUGAGAUCAACCAAAGAGACUGAAACCACUACAGAUGACGGUAAACCGCAGCCUACAUCAUUUUUGAAUAUGAAUGACCCAGCGAAUCGGCUUCAAUACUUCAAUGAUUUGGCUGCUAAGAGAAAAGCUUCAAAAAUGGAUACUGACCUGUCAUUAAAAGCUCCAGAGCCAGCUGAAAAAAAGCCAGACAUUGUGGAGAAACCUCUCCAUUCUACCACAGCAUUAAAGGCUCCCACUCCUUCUGUCCCAACUAUAGAAGCUGAACCAAAGAAGCUUGACAUAUCUUCAAGAAUUGCAGAGUUGACACGCAGAUCUUCAUUUAGCUCAUCAAAACCACCAAUAAUCUCUGCCAAGCCAUCAAGUUACCAGAAGCACACAGAUACAUCUCAAGCACCCAAAGAGGAGAGUGCCUCAGAGGGUCAAAAGAAAGACAUUUUUAAAUCAUUAAAACCUCUUCCUUCACCAAAAAUCUUUAAGAGAGACCCAUUGAAACUUAAAGCAUUGAAUCCUCGUCGUGUCUCAGCUGGUGAGGAGAUACUAACAACUGACGCAACAGAUGCAGAGAAAAGUGAACUAAAAAAGAUACGCUCUCAUAGUUCUUCAGCUCUACCCCGUGAUGAAUCAAAGGAAGGAUUUAAAAAAGUUAUGGGAUCCAAUACUUCAAUUAAUACCUUAGGGGAAGGAAAGGGUGAAGGCAAACCACUUGAUUUCCUUAAAAAGCAGACUCAGAGGUUAAAGGGAAUUUUAGGACCAAAAGACAGAAAAUUGUCUGUAGAUGACAGAGCCAUGGCUACAGUACCAGAAAUAUCAGACCCAGACAAAAAGUUGACCAAAGACUCUACUUCUUCUAAUAAUGCUGUCGUUACAAUAACUGCUACAACUACUGACCGGACCACAAGCACUAACAAGUCUACCGGUCCCACUGGAGCCACUCGAUACCAGGCACCUGGCAACUCAGUGCUUUCCAGCAGUAACCUACGAGAUGACACAAAAGUCAUUUUAGAGCAGAUUUCAGCAAAUAGCCAAAAGAAUCGUCAAGAGCGAGGAGAAGAGUCUGGAGGAGACAGUGACAGUGCUGACAAAGGGCUGGAGAAACAGAACUCCCUCAGACGAAACCGUUUUCUGAAACCACAGAGCAACACCCAGGAGCGGGAAGGCUUGCUGAAGAGAAUAGAAAGCCUGAGGAAGGAGAAGAAAGUCUACAGCCGCUUUGAGAUGGGGAAUAACCUGGGAUAACCAAAGAUGGAAGAGCGACCUCUUUUUUGGGACGUAUUUAUGCAAGAUGAUCAAAAUGACCCACUGCCCAUUUGUGCCAACGACAAUCUCAAAGUACCUCUGUGGCUUGGCAGCCACUCCUGGAUAUUUAUGAAAGCACACUUGAAUAGACAGCUCUUUAAAAAAACAAAGUCAGUUUGAAUGUGCCUAUUUGUAAAUUUACCUUUUAUGGUGAACAAAUGGUUAAAAUGCCUUGGCAUUUGAGUUAAUGAGUGAGUGAAUCAAAAAGUGUGCCAUUGGACCAGAUGCACAAUGGAAAAAAGACAACUACUAUAGCAACAAAAAAAGGUUGAUUACAUGAUUACACAGGCAACAUCUAGUAAAGCUAACAGCAUAAAUAAAUGAAGGCAAAAUGUGGAUGUAUAAGCAGAGGAUUAUAUUUGACGAGAAUUAGGUGAGUAUGAGGAGUUGGUGAUUUAUACAUUAAGAUGUAGGCCCAACGUCUAUCAGGAUAAGCAUUACUACUUAUAUAAAUAUGUAAAUAAAGCAGAAAUAGAUGUUUUUUUCA